AAAGACAAGAGGAAGAGGAAGAGCAGUGAUGGAGAAAGGGGUCAAACAGCUUCAGACAUGGCUUCUACUGUCAGUUAUUCUGAAAGCCGUCGCCUGUGAGUGGGCAGUGCACCUCCCCCAUAAUCAAGUGUGUGCUGUGGCUGGUUCCUCGGUGGUCCUCCCUUGCUCUUUUGACUACCCACGCAACCUUCCUCAUAAUGGGGUUGAGCGUACACGUGAAGAGCUGAGUGAGGUGGGAGAAGAGCAACCGUCUAUCAGCGUCCUGUCUGAAAUGUGGUGUCUGGAGCAGAGUCGUUGCAUCACCCCCAGGUAUGUUUACCACAGUGCACAGAUCUUCCCUGAACCUGCCUACCUGGGCAGGGUGGAGUAUCUGGGAAAACCAGGCAGCAAGAACUGCUCUCUGCGUAUCUCAGAUUUGAGUACAUCUGACAGUGCAACAUAUGUCUUCUACCUAAUCACCAAUCACACAGUGGAGAAGUUACCUGCACAGCGUGGCAUACAGCUGAUGGUGUCAAGUGACUCUGCUGAAGAUGGUGCCUGUUGGAACAAAAUAAAGAAGCUGGAGUCUGUGAUUGAAAACAAGAUCGUGAUUUUAGGUGUGGCCCUGGCCAUCAUAUUGGUCCUCCUGGUGACAGUGGCAUGCAUUGGAAGGAGAUUGAGAAGCCUGUCAGGGUCCAGACAACAAGCCUAUGCCCUGACAGAGACUUCACAGGUUGCCUGAAAACCCAUCUGAAGAACAGAGAGGAUAGCUCACCAUGGACACUGUGACACCGUUGAUAUAGAAGGUUUAACAAAGUGACUUAAAUGAUUUACAUGUUUGUAAAUAUAGAAUUGUGUUAAUAUUGAAAAAGCCAAAAAUAACAAAAUACCAUUUUACCAUUACCAUGUUCUUUGAAAACAAAGUCACAUUCUCUCCAGUUCUGAAGACACAUCUCUUCAGAUUCUAAAUGGACUAGGGCACCUUACGUGUACAUUACUUCUCGUGGUAUUAGCAUAAUUUUGUUGUUGUUGUGUAUUUAAGAUGUUACACUGUGUGACCCCACAAAAUGAUCAGAGAAAUAAUCUUGUUGUUCUACUGUCCUUUGUCCUUGAUUAUCUGUGGUACUUACAAUUCGUGCAUCGCUUUGGAUGAAAGAAUCUGACAAAUGAAUUGAUCUCAAGAUUAUUAUACUGAUGUCAAACAGUUAAGGAGAACACGUGUGCGAUGUAAAAAUAAAAAUUGGUUCUCCUCUUCA